AUGACUACUGAAACGACAAUUCCGGUUCCCUCUAAAACCAUCUGUGUCUUUUGCGGCUCAUCAUUUGGUAAUUCAUCUGAAUUUGCCUCUGAAGCCGCAAAUUUGGGUAAAUUGAUGGCUGAGAAGAACUAUGGCCUAGUGUAUGGUGGUGGUACCACAGGGCUCAUGGGCGAAAUAGCCAAGGCAGUUUCAUCCAAUGGCGCAUAUGUCCAUGGUGUUAUUCCAGACGCUCUUGUUGCAAAGGAACGUGUUUCAAGUGAAGAAAUUGAAAAGAUCAAUGAGGAAAUCAAAAAUAGCGUCGAUAAUCAUAAGGGUGAGACUCCUCUAGAUGAUGCAUACGGUAAAACCACGAUUGUUCCAGACAUGCAUACUCGUAAGAGACUAAUGGGUCAAGAGGCGGAUGCAUUUGUUGCAAUGCCUGGUGGGUUUGGUACAUUGGAAGAAUUGUUUGAAAUUACCACAUGGUCGCAAUUGGGAAUCCAUAAAAAACCAAUCAUUUUGUUUAAUCUGAAUGGAUUUUACGAUGAAUUGAUUAGAUUCAUUGAUAACUGUAUCAAGUCUGGUUUUAUUUCUGCAAACAAUGGCAAGAUUUUACAGAUUGCAACUACUCCUGAUGAAGUGAUUGAGAAACUGGAUAAUUACGUUGUACCUGAGGGGAGAUUCACCUUGAGUUGGAACAACCAAUGA